AUGUCACAGACAACAGACAUGCAACAAGCAGCCAAAUCCUUCUUCUCCUCCCCUCACUUCGCCGUCGCCGGCGCUUCAAGCACUCCCUCCAAAUUCGGGCACAAAAUAUUCGUCUGGUACCUCCAGCGUAACCUCCCCGCCAUCCCUCUCAACCCCACCUGCUCCGCCGUUACCGUCCGUAACAAGCAGUAUGACACUGUCGGCUCACCGUCGAAGCUACAAGAUCCGCAGCAUACCAGCUUAUCAGUCAUCACCCCUCCGCCUGUUACAGCCAAGCUACUGCAAGAAGCGAAGGAGGCGGGCGUGCGCGCUGUUUGGCUGCAGCCCGGGAGCUUCACGGAUAAAGAGCUCGAGUACGCUAAGAAGGAGUUCCCGGAUGCUGCGGUGGGAGGGUUUGGGGGAGGUACAGUCGGUGGGGAGGGGUGGUGUGUUUUAGUGGACGGGGACACGGCAAUGAGGGCUGCGGGACGGCAAGAGAGGCUUUGA